UCCCUAGACGGGGGUAGCGCGAGGCUCAGCACAGCCUUCCUGUGUGGGUUCGCUGCCCAGAGCGUCAUGGAUCUGGGGAAACCAAUGAAAAGCGUGCUGGUAGUGGCUCUCCUUGUUGUUUUCCAGGUGUGCCUGUGCCAAGAUGAGGUCACGGAUGACUACAUCGGGGACAACACCACGGUGGACUACACCGGGUACGAGACUUUGUGCUUCAAGAAGGAUGUGCGGAACUUUAAAGCCUGGUUCCUCCCCAUCAUGUAUUCAAUCAUUUGCUUCGUAGGCCUGCUGGGCAAUGGGCUGGUCGUGUUGACCUACAUCUACUUCAAGAGGCUGAAGACCAUGACCGAUACCUACCUGCUCAACCUGGCCAUGGCAGACAUCCUCUCCCUCCUGACCCUUCCCUUCUGGGCCUACAGCGCGGCCAAGUCCUGGGCCUUUGGUGUCCACUUCUGCAAGCUCAUCUUUGGCAUCUACAAGAUUAGCUUCUUCAGUGGCAUGCUCCUGCUCCUAUGCAUCAGCAUUGACCGCUACGUGGCCAUCGUCCAGGCUGUCUCGGCUCACCGCCACCGUGCCCGCGUCCUCCUCAUCAGCAAGCUCUCCUGCGCAGGAAUCUGGAUGCUGGCCAUGGUUCUAUCCACCCCGGAGCUGCUGUACAGUGGCAUUCAGAAGAGCAACAGUGAACAAACGCUGCGAUGCUCUCUCAUCAGUGAGCACGUGGAGGCCUUUAUCACCAUCCAGGUGGCCCAGAUGGUGAUCGGCUUUCUGGUCCCCCUGCUGGCCAUGAGUUUCUGCUACCUUGUGAUCAUCCUCACCCUGCUCCAGGCGCGCAACUUUGAGCGCAACAAGGCCAUCAAGGUGAUCAUCGCUGUGGUCGUGGUCUUCAUCGUCUUCCAGCUACCCUACAAUGGGGUGAUCCUGGCCAAGACGGUGGCCAGCUUCAACAUCACCAGUAGCAGCUGUGAGCUCAGCAAGCAGCUUGACAUCGCCUAUGAUGUCACCUACAGCCUGGCCUGCGUCCGCUGCUGUGUCAACCCUUUCUUAUACGCCUUCAUCGGCGUCAAGUUCCGUAAUGACCUCUUCAAGCUCUUCAAGGACUUGGGCUGCCUCAGCCAGGAGCGGCUGCGGCAGUGGUCCUCCUGCCGGCACACCCGGCGGACCUCGAUGAGUGUGGAGGCCGAGACCACCACCACCUUCUCCCCAUAGGCAGCUCUUCUGUCUGGACAAGAGGGACCUAUCCAGGGCCCCCCUGGGGCGGGGACAGGGAGCAGAUACAAUGACUCAGGACACACCCCUCACUCCCAGAAAAAAAGCUGCUGAGGAAAAAACAGCUCUGACCUCAGAGUGAAAACCUGUGCCCCAGAUAAAAGCUUAACCCCAAGCCUAGCUACCUCAACCAAGGUUGAAAAGAGACGUAGCUGAUAAGCUAACGCCAGAAAGGGCAACUCCCCAAAACUGAUGCUGUUGUCCCCUAAACCAAAAACCAAAAGUGAAAGUCAAGAAACCAUUCACACCUGCUGGAGGAAAGGGGAUGAGGUGGGUGGGGCUGCUGAAUCCUCUGAAUGAAGCUUCUUCUGACCUAGAAAGAAGUCAUCCCCGGCUGGCUCAGGCCAGGUCUUCCAGAAAACCAGGCCUUGUGGGCAAGACCAAGGAUGGUGGGGAGACUUCUCGGCUUGAUGAGGACAGGUGGACCUCUGCCAAUCAAACUAACUCUCUCUGAUUUCCUGCCUCCACUGCUUUCCACCAGGCCAUCCUGAGAGCCCGCUCACUUGCCACGUUGUCCUCCCAGGCUCUCAGACAGGGGAUGGUGGGCUGUUCCCUGCGGGCCAGGUCAGCUGCUUCAGCCUGACCAAAGCCACGUUCCCAGCCAGGGCUCUGGAGUGGGGAUGACAUGUGGUCAGUUCUCAGCUUGGCUAGGAUCGGAGGAGAGGACAGAGAGAAACGUUGAAGAUGGGGAGGAUGACAGUGCUGGCACAGCCAGCAAGCUUCUUCCUUGUUUGUUGUCACAGGGACGGAAAAGCUCCUUGUGUUAUGUUUUCAAUUCAUUAAGAGAAAAACAUUUUACUCAUAUAAAAAUAAAAAGUUUCCCUUGAGGUAAAAACAGCUUUGAAAGAAAGGGAAACAUUUUUGGUAAAUGGUAAAUGAGUGUGUUCUACUUUU